AUGCCUGUUAAAUUGAAGUAUCCAUGGAUGGGGGUAGUCAUCCCCUGUUUACUGACUUCUUUUAUUGGUUAUUCGGCACAUAUAUUCGUCCUAGCAAACUUCAUGUCAUGGAAAUUGCAGUUAUGGUUCCAAUCUAGCCUCACAAUGCUUUGGAUUUCUUAUGCAUUAGCCAUAUUCACAAAUCCAGGCAGGCCAGCCAAAUCCUUUAAACCACUUAAAAAGGAAUGGACCCAUUUUUGUAAGAAAUGUCAACUAUUCAAGCCAGAACGAGCACACCAUUGCAAAACAUGUAAUCAAUGUGUACUAAUGAUGGACCACCAUUGUCCUUGGACAAUGAACUGUGUUGGUUUUAAGAACUUUCCUCAUUUUCUCAGAUUUUUGUUUUGGGUAGUUGUUACUACUGGUUUUCUGCUAUAUCAGUUGUUGAAAAGAACGAUAUACCUUUGGGGUGUUAAAGAUCUUCCAAGCUAUCUGUUUGAAAAAACUGAAAUAACGUUCUUAAUUAUUUUGAUUCCAAUGGAUGGUUUUGUUUUAAUAACCGUGGCAUUAUUAUUUAUUCGGUGCCUCUCAAAUCAAAUAAUAGGCGGUAAAACCCAAAUAGAGUCAUGGGAACUCGAAAGGUUGGAGAAUUUAUACUAUCGUAAAAAGCUUCUACCACAACUAUUGGUAAAUCUUUGGGAAAUAUACCCUAAUGAAAAGACACCAGAAAAUAAAGUACUUGCAAAGAAACUCCAAGAAAGAGGUAGGAAAGUGAGAUUUGAAAAUAUAGUCACUUUCCCAUAUGAUCUCGAUAUAUGGUCGAAUGCUCUUACCGUAUUGGGAUCUCCAGUGCAAUGGUUGUGGUUAUUUGGAGGCCCUGACAGUGACGGGAUGCAUUUCAAGAAGAACGAACUUGCAUUGUAUGAAGAGGGAGCUGCCAUUGAAGAUUUAUUACUUUCUUUGCCAUGGCCUCCAGAUGGAGGUAGAAACUUUAUUCAACAAAAGGGUACCAAUGUUGAAUCUAUAACAGAAAAUGGGGAACAAGUUAUUAGACAAAGAAAUUUCGAAAAUGAUAAUUCCUAUAGAAAGACAUGGAAUAAUGACUGGGGUGAAAAUUUGGAAGAUUUUGGAGUUGAUGUAGAUGUUGAGUAA